GUGCAGAACAAGAGAGCGGGGAGUAGAAGAAACAAGGAGACUGGUGCUGCAGUUGGUGAUGCGAAACAGAAAAAAAAAAAAAAAAGACAUUAAUCCUUCAACACAGAAUGAAGUGAGAAAAUUCUCUGGGUCUUGUCCUAGAAAAAGGGUCCAAACUCUGUUUGGUCUCCUGUUUUGUCUGACCAUUUAUAAAAACGUGAAGAGACGAACUAUAGGAGCAAAGGAUCACAGCUAGAGAGACUCUAGAUGAGUAAAGACAACACGAGGAAAGGAAUAAAGGCAUGUGGGAUAAGAUUCAAGAAAAAAGAGCACUGACGAAUUGGAGCUAAAGUGGGACAAUGCUGGCCAAGCCCCAGGAAAAAGACACAGUAUGUCGAACUUGGUCCAGGCGAAUGAAAGCAGCAUGUCUCCUUCCAAUGGAGAGGAGCUGCACUGGGCCUCACUGCUCUUCCUCAUGGCCAUCCUGCCCACGAUUGGCGGAAACAUCCUGGUCAUUCUGGCUGUCUCACUGGAGCGAAAACUCCAAAAUGCUACUAAUUACUUUCUCAUGUCGCUAGCUGUGGCUGACCUGCUGGUGGGGCUACUAGUGAUGCCUAUUGCUCUAGUUACUGUGCUGUACAAUUCAGCAUGGCCACUUCCUGAGUUCCUGUGUCCCAUCUGGCUAUUCCUAGAUGUUUUAUUCUCCACAGCGUCUAUCAUGCACCUUUGCGCCAUCUCCCUCGACCGCUACAUCGCCAUCAAAAAACCCAUCCAACACAGUCAGUACAACUCCCGUGCAAAAGCCAUGGCCAAAAUUGCACUUGUGUGGUUGAUAUCAAUAGGUAUCGCCAUACCAAUACCAAUCAAAGGACUGGGAAGCCCAAAUCACGGAAUCAACAUAACUUUUAACGGCAACCACACCUGCGUGUUGACCUUAGAGGGUUUUGGAGAGUUUAAACUAUUCGGCUCUCUGGCAGCCUUCUUCAUCCCCCUCAUGAUCAUGAUGAUUAUAUACCUACUGACGAUCCAGGUGCUGCGCAAAAAGGUAUACCUCCUUAGAUCAAGGGCAUGUCAGCGAGUCAACAGACCCAUGGUGUGUACCGUCUUCCAAAGAGACCAGACUCUUCCAUCCCCAACUGAGAAAACUAGCAUGCUGGACGCUAUUAAAAAGGAUCAAAUGCUGCAAGGAACAAAAGCCAUCAAAGGGGAUGAGAUGCCCAUUCGGCGACUGUCCACCAUGGGAAAAAGAUCCAUGCAAAAUCUCAGUAAUGAACAGCGAGCCUCCAAAGUCCUGGGAAUCGUCUUCAUGUUGUUCUUGGUCAUGUGGUGUCCAUUUUUUAUUACCAAUGUGACAUCAGUGCUCUGCGAAAGUUGUAAUGUCAACCUGGUGGAGAGACUUUUGGACAUUUUCGUGUGGGUGGGUUACGUUUCUUCAGGUGUCAACCCUUUAGUCUACACACUUUUUAACAAGACUUUCCGGGGAGCCUUUACACGUUACAUCACAUGCAACUUUGGCACUAAGAGAGCAUUAAGAACGCAGCACAGGAACCUGACCAAAAUUGCAUUCCAGUCUUCUGUUGCGGAAAAUUCCAAGUUGUUUAUGAAGCAUGGGCUAAUGAACGGCAUAGGUCCCGCAGGGUAUCACAGUCCACUGCGAAGACGACCAACAAACUUACAAUCCUCCAGUGGUGUCAUGCUGGAUACCCUCCUUCUCACGGACAAUGAGGACCGCAAAACUGAUGAGGCACUUCAUCAGUUUGAUGAGGGGGUCAGCUGUUUAUAGUGUGCUUUGAUACUUUAAACUAACCUUUUUAUGGUUUAAAAUACUCAAUGUAUUUGCUGCAAUUGACCAGUAUUUAUAUUUCAUUUAUUGCAAAUGGAAAAAAAUAUUUAAUUAAAGUCUAAAAUUUUUAACAAUUUAAUGUAUUUGAUGCUGGAAUUAGAGGGAUAAAUACAAGAAAUGCAUGGGAAAAUAAAAGCCAGUUAUGUGUAACAUGCAUGAAACACACUGAGCAAUGGUGUGAAUAUCUUUUUGGGGACAAACAAAGAUCUUUCUGGGCAUUUUGCUAAUAUUAAUCUUAUCA